UCGACGCGGGACCGUCUUAAAACAGGUCCUGUUGACGCAACUUUUCCCGACCGUGGGGGAAGGGGAAGCGUUCGGGGAGGGGUCGCGUUCCGAAAGCGCGGUAUUCGACAGCGAACCUCCAUGCUGAUAGUACGUAAGCGCUUGUCUUCUUGUUACCGAUUACCGGAGUUAUGCAUUCGUAAAAUAUACACACGCGACCGGAGUUUUGUUUAAUAUUUCCAGUGACUGUGUUUCUUGAAUUAAUUUUUGGUGUUAACUGUGUUUCAUUUUACUUAUACUCUCAGACGUUAUUAAAAAGGAUUUUGGAUUUUUUUUGACAAGUUGGACUAAACGUGAUCACAACGCUGGAACAUUUAAGGCCUAUUGUGGCUUCUAUCACCACCUUAAUUGGGAACUGUGAGAAUAUGGAGGCCACUUACUGCGUUGGUACUGAUGUAGACGUUUGCAGGAUGUUUGAUCAGUACUUGUAUAAGAGAUCAGAAAACGUAGAUUUGUCGUUGAGCAUACCGCAGUCAAAUUUUCAAUCAAACGGCUACGAUAUGGGUGACCAGACUUUUCAUACUCCCAGUUUCGGUGAUGAGGAAUUCGAUAUACCGGCCAUCAAUCCGCAGCAGCAGCAACAGCAGUCGCACUCGGAUCAACAUUACCAGCCCCCAAUGCAGGGAAUGCAACAGAUGAAUCAGCAAAUAAAUCAACAGCAGGACGCAUUGGGUAUGCAUGAUCCUACGGGAGGUUUUCAGCAACCAUUGUAUUUGUCCGGCCCGGAUCACGGCAUGGUAAAUAAUUCGUAUCACAGUCCUCAACCUAAUUAUCCUUCGCCACAACAGCAACAACAACACAAUAAUCAGUUGCUGAUGAUACAACAACAGCAGCAGCAACACCAUCAACAACAACAGCAGCAGCAGCAACAUCAACAGCAACAACAUCAACAACAGCAACAUCAACAACAGCAACAUCAACAGCAUCAUCAACAGAUGAUGAUGAGUCACGGUCAACCACCGCCUCAAUCUAUGGGGCAAUAUGGGACGUCACCGCAGCAUCCUCAAGGGAGAGGCAAUAGUCCACCAGCUCCUGGACAGGAACCGACAACUAGCGACGAUAGUGAUGAUAGCACGCCACAUCCUGCAAUAAUAACAGCGAUGAAAAGGCCGUCUCCUGAACCGGCCGAUCAGACUUUAACGAAGGCGCAAAAGAAACCGAAAGUACAAAAAAAGAAGAAGAAGAGAGAUCCCAAUGAACCACAAAAACCGGUUUCAGCGUACGCGUUAUUCUUCAGAGACACUCAAGCUGCGAUCAAAGGACAAAAUCCAAAUGCUAGUUUCGGAGAAGUUUCAAAAAUUGUGGCGUCCAUGUGGGACGCUUUAGAUUCCGAACACAAAAAUGUUUACAAAAAGAAAACCGAAGCGGCCAAAAAAGAAUACCUAAAAGCAUUGGCGGCGUACAGGGCGAGUUUAGUCUCUAAAGGAGCGGGCGAAAACGAAGGCAUGUACGGAAACUAUCCCAAUUACCAAGGCGGCGGACCCCCUCAGUAUUCUUCCUACCAACCACAAGGUACCAUUCCAUCACCUCCGAUGUCAGCCCCACCUUCGGCUACUCCUCCCGCCCAGUCCCCCAUCGGGAAGAAACCACCGAUGAUGGGAGGCAUGCCUCAAUCACCACAACAAGGACACCAGGGAAUGAUGCAGACUAACAUGGGGCCAGUGCCAAACCACAUGAACAUGCAACACAUGCAGCAACCACAGCAACACAAUAGUUAUAUGCAACAGUUUAUUCGAUUUUCUACCCAGGUUCCUCAACAGCAACAUGUACCAAUGUCCCCACAGCAACAACAACCACACGUUUCAGUGUCACCUCACAGCCAUAUGCAACAGCCAUCUCCUCACAUGCAACAACAUAUGAGUCCCCCACCUAUGGUGUCCAGUUCCCCACCCGUUUCAGCCCCGGCACCCACUAUCCCUACAUCGGUUGCCCAACCUAAUGUCGGACAAGGUCAAGGAAUGAGACCACAGAACGCUUGUAUACGUCACGGAUGUCCUAAUCCCGCCAUCACAAAUCCCGAAUGGGAAGAUGAGUACUGCAGUAAUGAAUGUGUGGUUAGCCAUUGCCGAGAUGUAUUCACAGACUGGGUGUCGGCCAACAAGAACCAAUCACAGAAUUUUUCAGCAGUUAAGUAAAUUCAUCUCUAGGGGGCAGUUGCAAACUUAGGAAGAGUUAACAAAAAAAAGUAGCAAUACCAACAAGAAUCUACAUUAUUCUAUGCUAGGCAAGAAAAAAGUUAUAAAAUCAGGUUUCGUAAAAAAAAUGUGUAAUAGUGAGAGGAUAUAGAAAUAAGAAUUGUAAAUAAAAUGAUAAUCAUUUUAGUAUGUGAGGUUGUAUUGAAGCAAUACGAUUUCAUUCUAUAGGUAUACAAUACUAAGAAAAUAAUAUUGUAAUACUAGCAUUAUCCGUUGUAUAUUCGGUAUGAGGUAGACAAAAAUAUUACCAAACAUAAGUUGAAAAAUCUAAAUUUUUAAUCUCAUUAGAAUGCAGAUAAAUUUAGAUAAAUUGUAGGUGAGGUAAUUAAAAAUUCUCGUUUCAUGAUACAAACAACAUUCUGAUGAUGAUAUUCAGAUUACAAAUUAGAUUUUUUUCAAAAUUAUUUGCCUUUAGUAAGUUUGCGUCAACUAAAUGUGUAUACUAUACACAAAAUCGAAAUACUGUUGUUAUAUCCCAAUAAUUUUCUCCUCGUAAGGUGAAUUCUAAUAUGAUACUAAGGUUUCUAAAUCGUUUAUCCACACGUGGUUAAAAAAUUUGCAUAUAAUUCUAUAAAUAUGAUUUAUUUAAAUUUAAUUAUGUUUAAAACAAUAAAUAUUGACUAAAACAAAUAGAUGCAAAAAAUACCUAUAUUUAAGGUCUUUUUACAUACACAAAAGCACCCGCAGAUGAAGGUUAAGCUGAUUGUUCCAUGCAAGAUCUCGCACUUGCAGCGUUUUCGGAUUUGUUGCCAUUUUUUUGAGUGCAAGAGCUACAAUUCUAGGGAGAAGUCUAGUUACUUUUCACGUAUAAACCCACAUGUCCGUCAGGCUACAAAAACGAGGCAGCAGCAGAUAUCAAUAUUAACAGUUAUUCAUUGACCACUUUUUUUCUUGUUCAUUUUACUUUUCACCUCCAUUUCACUCUAUUAAAUAUUUUGACUUUAGAAAUAUUGCAUGCAAUUUCUUACACUUUGUCUUGCACCAUGUAAAGUUGUCUUUAAAGGCGAGAUCUUGAAUGAAUUAUACAGUUCAGCAAUUCUAGGGAGAAAUCUGGUUAUUUUUAGCUCUUAGUUUUAUUUUCAUUAUUAAGCUAGGCACCAAAUAUUGAAUGAAAUUUGAGCUUAGUAAUUCGAUAAAUUUCACUUAUGGAAUUUUAGUUGAUGGCAACCAUGAUGCAAAGGCAAGAGACCUACAUUAUGGCCGCUUGUCAUGAUGCAAGACAAUGUGCAAUGCAAUGCAAAACGCAAUAUUGCUUAAUCAAAAGCAUCCGCAGAUGAAAUUCAGAUGAUUCUUUUAUGCAACUUGCAACAUUGAUUUGCUGCUAUUUUUAUCGCGUGUACGUUACAAUUCUAGGGAGAUUUAUUAGUUUUUCAAAUGUUUCUUCAUCCAUUCUCAACUAAUUAUUGUAUGUUUUCUCAUUUAAUUCUAUAGCCAAAUUCAUAUUUCCCCUCGUUCUAUCUAGAGAGGGCCUGGCCCAGCAUUGCUUGAGUGCACUUUUCCAUCCUUCAAAUAUUUACUAAUAGCAACAGAAAAAUCCUCACUUACAAAUUCUCACUUCACUCUGGUAAGUGAAGUGGGAAUCCAGUGGUUAAUUGGAAUUAAUCUAGUUAGCAAUCGAUAUUCCUAUGUUUCAUAAAAAUAUUUCCAAUACUGUGUAUCUAGUUAUAUAAUGUUGCUACUACGCUUACUAGGUCUCGAGCUGAUAAAAUAUUUCUGUCUGCCUUAUUUAAAAAAAAAAACAUUGUUAUUUCAUGCUCUGUAAAUGCAUGUACUCCUUGAAUAAAAUUUGUAGUUAGAUAUGUCAAAAGUACAUAUUAAUUGAGACAAAUACUUUAGUUCUUAUAUUUAGGGCUCUGUUAUUACAAUAAACAAUUAUAGUCCAGGAAAUAAGGCUCUAAAAAGGGAAAACCUCGCAAGUUUUUCGUCCUGCGUCGAUUUGUAUAAAAAUUUGGGAUUAGGCUCAUUCAACCCUCUAAUUCAUUAUCUAUACUGUGCCGUUGUACGCUUUUUGUUUUUUAAGGGUGAAAACUAUACUUAAUUGUAAUAAUUAUAAAAUAACAUUUUGAACCUCAACAUGGGUAAUAUUUGGCUUGAUUUAGUUAAAUAAGGAUUAUUUUAAGCUGUAGAGUACAAUUUCAUAUUACAGGGAGUCUCAUAACGACCCAACUACUUUGGUUAGGUUAGGUUAGAUCUUUUCUUCAAUAUUGUUAUUGAUAUAGAAAAUGAUCCUACCUUCUGUGAAAAUUUCAAGUAAAUACAGACAGGACGAAAAAUUGCGAGCCAAAAUGCUUCAUUUCCUGGACUAUUGAAAUCUUAUUAUUUUGUGUCGAAAAUAUAGUAAAUAUUGAUAUUUUUGUCAAAUGAGAUGGGGCUAUUAAUAACGACCCAUGCUCUUCUUUCAUUAUGUACUGUUAAUCGAUAAGUUUUCAUUUUUUACGGAAUCUGAACACAACAAAAAGAGUAAAAAUAUCAGUUGUUUUUCAUCGUUUAUUAACGUUUCUGUUUUAAUUCUGGUUAAAAAAAGUUUCAAUCUUUAGUUUGAAAAAGAAUUAAAUCCAUAUGAUGAAACUAACAAUAUAUGUAAUCGCCAUCUGUCUCUAUCCUGCUAUAAGUCUUCUGUUAGCUCUCUCUCCUGCAUCCUCUCCUUUUCCCUUGUGGUGCCCAUUUUAUGACCUGUUUAGGCUAGAAUACUGUUCUCUGACAUUUUUUGUACAUGACCAUAUCAGACUAGUUGUUUGGUUUUGCUAGGUGCAUUCCUUUUGCAUGAAAUCUUAGAUAAUUUGAGUUUGAGGGUAGAUUUACGUAUUUUUUAACUAGUGUCACGAUUCUGUGCUAUUACUAUAUGAAGCAAAGUAUACUGUAGUGUUGUGGUUUUUCCAUCCCACUGCAUUUCCACAUCUUUGGUGUCUGCCCCAAGUAGAUCUUGAAUAACUCUUGGCGAUUGGCAGCACUUUGUUUUAAACCUUUCAUGCCAGUAAACUCUUCAGGUAAAUCCCGGUUUGUUCUAAUUUUUGUUUUACUAUUUUCCUAUAUUAGUUGGACUAAUUUUAUUAACCUGAUGGUGUUGUUUGUUUGUUCUAACAUUGUCCACAGUUUGCUAAAAGAUACAUUGUCAUAUGCCUUCUACAGAUCCACAUAAUAAAUGGAUUUCUUGUCCGAUUGCAGUUUUUUGCUUAAUAUUCUUAUCAAAAUUCAUCUCACAAUUUGGAAUAUUUUAGAGUUAAAAUUUGUAUCUUUCCUUUUGCCGUCUUCCUCAAUAUUAGUUGUAUUUCUUUGCGCCCAGGUCCUUUUUUGUUCUAUUUCUUUUUUGGUAGUCUUCGUCUUCAUCUCUUCCAGCCUUAUUUUUUUCCGUUAAUAUAUCUUAUUUCAUUCUUUAAAACAUUUUCAUAUAAAUUCAGUUGCUUUUCUUUAUUUUUUCUAAGAAUGUUUUAUUAUUUUUCUUGACGGAUCAUGCACUCAACUACUUCUGUAUCUCCUCUUAACCGAACACGUACCAGUUGUUUAACUUAUGAAAAUUUGUGAAAAAUAUUCACAUUUUGAUAAGUAGCAGCAAUUUGAUUGCAACUUUUUAUUUUUCUUCUCUUUUACUUUUGCAAGAAUAGAAUGAGAGUUUCUUUUUCUCUUGUAUUCAUUUCUUUCCCCGCUUAAAGUAUAAAUCAACAAUGAAUGAAUUGAAAACAGAUAUUUUAAUAUUAUUGUUAUCAAUGACUUUCUUAUUGUUAUGUUCAGAACCGUUUUUCAUCGACAUCAAUCGUCUAUAGCAUACAAUUAUUUUUUAUAUCAUUGACCAAUCAGAUUUACACUUUUUGUCGAUGUAUAUAAACUUAGUAACUGUUACUUUAUUGUUAUGUAUAUCGAUAUAGGUAAUUCGUUUUUUUUUUCUUCAUGGAACAUCCCUAGUAUUAAAUACCAUGGUGAAGGAUGUACAUUUGUGAAUAUGUUGAGCGAGUUAUUGAAGCUCGGACUGUUUCAUACGGUUGAAAAUAUAUUUUCUUUAAUGGGGAGGUUACAAGAAAAACGGUUUGUUUGAAAUUCCUCAUUGUACAUGAUCCAGCAGAGAGGAAUGUUAAAUUCUUUGUUAUCUACAUUGUUAUUCGUAAUGAAUCUUGUGUUCUUCGUAAUUAGUCGUCCUUCACGUUUCCUCUGUCAUCCUGUAUACUUUGUGUGUUAUCUGAGUAUGGUCUAACUCUACUUUCUUUUCUUUCAUGUUUCUUCCAUCCACAUCAGUUCAAUGAAUCUUCUCAAAUCAUCUUGUCAUUCCAAUUCCAUGGUUUUACAAGCCACUGCAGUGUUGUAUGAUUAUUAAAUAGUAAAAUGUUUGGAGAAAAACUUGAAUUUUGAAACAGUAUUUACUUCGUUGUGUAACCUCCGCCGUUUCUUGAAUGAUUUUAGGUUUACUUUUUGGAACAGUUUGAGCUGUAAGAAUUUUGUAUAGAAUGAAUUUUAGAUAAAUAUGAAUUACUUAUGAGGAAAAAAAUUGUUUAUUUUUAUUGUUCUUAUGUGUUUUUUUCUAUGUUUAUUUUUUUAUACGCGGCUGUUUGGAUUCAAUAGAUGUUUCCAGACAAUCACAUUUAUAAAGUAUUGGAAGAUAUCGAAAAAAUAUAUUUGAUUAUCUCUUAUUAUGAGCUUUAAAAAAUUGUUUUUUUUAAGUACAAUUUAUGUUUCACUAUUACAUUGUAAAUAUCAUACUUUAUUCUGACAAGCACACAAACUAUACUAUGUAAUCAAUUAAUAUUUAAAAUUAAAUAGAUUCUACUCA